AUGGAUUUAGGAGAAGAUCCAAGUGGAAAAUAUUCUCUUCUCCAAGGUGCACCACGCGAUGGAUACAUUAUAAUUGAAGCAAUAGAGAAAGCUACUAAGAAAAGAUAUUCUGGCAGGCUUUUAAUGCGAAAGAAUUUAUUUCAUACUUAUUAUUUCGAUAAUCUUCAAAUGGAAUUCGAAAUCCUAGGAUCAAUUUCACAUCCUUAUAUACAAAAGUUAAUUGAAACUACAUAUAAUUCUCACGUUUUAGCACAAAUUGUUGAAUCUGAAGAAGUUUCUCUCAUGGAUUAUUACAAAUUCGAUUUCCCACUUCCUGAGUCAGUAGCAUGUAAUAUUUUCUACCGUCUUGUUGAGGCUAUUUAUUAUCUUCAUUCAAAUUCGAUUGUUCACCUCGAUAUUCGCCCUGAAAACGUUUUCAUUGUUGACAAGCAAUUCAAGCUUGGCGGUUUCUUAUCAUCACGUUUCGAAAGCGAAGAUGAAAUCAUAACAGGAACUUAUGGAACUCCAAAUUUCCAAGCUCCAGAGAUCUUCACGAAUCAAAAUUUCGAUGGAAGGAAGGCAGAUGUAUGGGCAUGCGGCAUAUUUUUACUCGCAAUUACUACAGGAAAGUUGCCAUAUAGUACUAAUGGAAUGAAGAGUUCUGAAUCACCAAAUGAGUACAUCAGGAAGCAAGUUGAGACAAAUGAAAGCAUUAUACCUACUUAUCUAUCAGAAGAUUUAAGAGAUAUCCUUCAAAUGAUGUUAAAUCGAGAGACAUCAAAAAGAGCAACUAUUUCUCAAGUCAGAGACCACAGAUGGCUACAACAUAUGAAAGUUAGCGUCCAAAAUGACCUAAUGCAAGAAAUCCCUAGAAAUACAAUCGGAGUACAAAUAACUGCCAAAAACACCCCAAGUCCAUCAUUCACCAACCUAGGAAAAGUACUUUCUACAACUCUUCCUAUGUCACCUUCAACGAUAUACAACUUUUUAGAAAAUUUCUUCGGACAAGAUAAAAUAACCAGAGAUGAAAAUGGAAUGCUAUUAAUCGAAGUAUCCGGAAUCCAUAAAUCAGUCUUUCAGGCUGAAAUACAAGAAAAUACUGGUAAUAUUUGCGUUUUAACAAUGUCAUUGAUUUCUGGAAGCGAAUACCGCUUUAAUGAAAUAUUCUCUCAAAUUGUUUCAGAUUUAUGCAAUUGA